AUGAGUAGGCUUGGUACGAGAUGGACGAGAGGGGCAGGUAAAAGAAGAACUCAGAUCACAGGGGUCACAGAGAUCACAGGGGUCACAGAGAUCACAGGGGUCACAGCGAUCACAGGGGUCACAGUGAUCACAGGGGUCACAGUGAUCACAGGGGUCACAGUGAUCACAGGGGUCACAGUGAUCACAGGGGUCACAGUGAUCACAGCGGUCACAGCGAUCACAGGGGUCACAGCGAUCACAGGGGUCACAGCGAUCACAGGGGUCACAGUGAUCACAGGGGUCACAGUGAUCACAGGGGUCACAGUGAUCACAGGGGUCACAGUGAUCACAGGGGUCACAGUGAUCACAGGGGUCACAGUGAUCACAGGGGUCACGGCGAUCACAGGGGUCACAGUGAUCACAGGGGUCACGGCGAUCACAGGGGUCACAGCGAUCACAGGGGUCACAGUGAUCACAGGGGUCACAGUGAUCACAGGGGUCACAGCGAUCACAGGGGUCACAGCGAUCACAGGGGUCACAGUGAUCACAGGGGUCACAGUGAUCACAGGGGUCACAGUGAUCACAGGGGUCACAGUGAUCACAGGGGUCACAGUGAUCACAGGGGUCACAGUGAUCACAGGGGUCACAGUGAUCACAGGGGUCACGGCGAUCACAGGGGUCACAGCGAUCACAGGGGUCACAGUGAUCACAGGGGUCACAGUGAUCACAGGGGUCACAGUGAUCACAGGGGUCACAGCGAUCACAGGGGUCACAGCGAUCACAGGGGUCACAGCGAUCACAGGGGUCACAGCAAUCACAGGGGUCACAGCGAUCACAGGGGUCACAGCGAUCACAGGGGUCACAGUGAUCACAGGGGUCACAGUGAUCACAGGGGUCACAGUGAUCACAGGGGUCACAGUGAUCACAGGGGUCACGGCGAUCACAGGGGUCACAGCGAUCACAGGGGUCACAGUGAUCACAGGGGUCACAGUGAUCACAGGGGUCACAGUGAUCACAGGGGUCACAGUGAUCACAGGGGUCACAGUGAUCACAGGGGUCACAGUGAUCACAGGGGUCACAGUGAUCACAGGGGUCACGGCGAUCACAGGGGUCACAGCGAUCACAGGGGUCACAGUGAUCACAGGGGUCACAGUGAUCACAGGGGUCACAGUGAUCACAGGGGUCACAGCGAUCACAGGGGUCACAGCGAUCACAGGGGUCACAGCGAUCACAGGGGUCACAGCAAUCACAGGGGUCACAGCGAUCACAGGGGUCACAGCGAUCACAGGGGUCACAGCGAUCACAGGGGUCACAGUGAUCACAGGGGUCACAGCGAUCACAGGGGUCACAGCGAUCACAGGGGUCACAGCGAUCACAGGGGUCACAGCGAUCACAGGGGUCACAGCGAUCACAGGGGUCACAGCGAUCACAGGGGUCACAGCGAUCACAGGGGUCACAGCGAUCACAGGGGUCACAGCGAUCACAGGGGUCACAGCGAUCACAGGGGUCACAGUGAUCACAGGGGUCACAGUGAUCACAGGGGUCACAGUGAUCACAGGGGUCACAGUGAUCACAGGGGUCACAGUGAUCACAGGGGUCACAGUGAUCACAGGGGUCACAGCGAUCACAGGGGUCACGGCGAUCACAGGGGUCACAGUGAUCACAGGGGUCACAGUGAUCACAGGGGUCACAGUGAUCACAGGGGUCACAGUGAUCACAGGGGUCACAGUGAUCACAGGGGUCACAGUGAUCACAGGGGUCACAGUGAUCACAGGGGUCACAGUGAUCACAGGGGUCACAGUGAUCACAGGGGUCACAGUGAUCACAGGGGUCACAGCGAUCACAGGGGUCACAGCGAUCACAGGGGUCACAGCGAUCACAGGGGUCACAGUGAUCACAGGGGUCACAGUGAUCACAGGGGUCACAGUGAUCACAGGGGUCACAGUGAUCACAGGGGUCACAGUGAUCACAGGGGUCACAGUGGUCACAGCGAUUGGGAUUCACGCUCACACAUACUUUUGA